AUGUCGCACUCCAACAAGCAGGCGUCCAUCACCCUUUCCAAGCAGGAAGACCACUUUGCCACCCAGCAGCUCUCCGCCGCCGAUGUCUCGUCCAAGCGUAGCUUCGGUCUUGCUUCCACCGUGGAGGACCUCCGCGAGCACUGGCGUGUCUACAUUCUUGGUAUCUGCGUUUCGUUCGGAGGAUUGCUGUUCGGUUGGGACACCGGGCUUAUCGGUGGCGUUUUGAACAUGCCUGCUUUCCAAGACGACUUUGGUCUUGUUGGUCAGCCCGCCAAGCUCGCCGCCUUGAAGGGUAACAUCGUUUCGGUUCUCCAGGCCGGCUGCUUCUUUGGUGCUGCCGCCAGUUUCUACCUCCCUCACAAAUUCGGUCGUCGCAACGCCAUGUUCAUCUCCGCCGCUGUCUUCCUUGUCGGCUCCGUCAUCCAGACCGCCUGCCGCCUCGGCGGACAAAGCGCCAGCUCCGCUCUCAACCAGCUCUAUGUCGGCCGUGUUAUCGGUGGUUUCGGUGUCGGUCUCGCUUCGUCUGUCAUCCCCAUGUACCUGUCCGAGUGCGCUCCUCGUUCCAUUCGUGGUCGUCUUGCCGGCAUGUACCAGCUUCUCAUCGUCGCCGGUAUCUGUUUGGCCUACUUUAUCAACUACGGUUUGGUCCAAGAGUACCCUGACCAGAAGUCGAGCGCCAUGUGGCAGAUUCCUUUCGCCCUUCAGUGUCUUCCUGGCAUUCUUUUCAUCGUCUCUCUCUUCUUCCAGCCCGAAUCGCCACGAUGGCUCGUCGAGCGAGGCAGGAAUGAGGAGGCACGAUCGUCGCUCGCCCGCAUCAACCGUACUUCGCUCCACGACCCCGUCGUUGUCGGUAUCCUCCGCGAGAUCCAGGACGACCUCCAGGGCAAGGUGGGCCUCAGCGUCCUCCAGCAGCUCAGGAUGGCCUUCUCCGACAAGAAGAUAACCUACCGAGUCUUCACCGGUGCUCUCUUAAUGUUUUUCCAGCAACUUACCGGGACAAACUCGAUCAACUACUAUAGUCCGCAGAUCUUCAAUGCGCUCGGUGUUACAGGCCAAUCUGCCGGUUUGCUGGCCACUGGAGUGUACGGUAUCGUCAAAACCGUUACUACCGGUUUGUUCCUGAUCGUUGCCAUCGAGCAGCUCGGCCGCAAGUGGUGUCUUAUCAUCGGCGGUCUUGUCCAGGCCUUCGCUCUCUUCUGGAUCGGUAUCUACCAGGCCAUUCGACCCUCUGGAGCUCCUGUCGACUUUGCUUCCUACCUGACCAUCGCCAUGGUCUACAUUUUCGCUGUCGGUUACGGUCUUGGUUGGUCCUCGGUUACCUGGGCCGUUUCUGCCGAGGUUGCUCCUAACCAGCUUCGUGCCCUUGCCAUGUCGUCCGCUACCAUGAGCCAGUGGUUCUGGAACUUCGUCAUCGCUCUCAUCACUCCUCGUGCUCUCAACUCAAUCAAGUUCGGUACCUUCAUGCUCUUUGGUUCAGUCACUGCGGUCGCUGUCGUCUGGGCAGCACUCUUCCUUCCCGAGUCCGGCGGUAUCACCCUCGAGCUCAUGCACAGGGUUUACGAGGGCAACAUCAUGUCCAGGUCCAUCCAGGAUCUUUCUCCCAAGGAGAGGAAAGUCUUCCGAGCUCGUCUUAUGGCCGAGGUCGGUGGCACUGCUGAUGAAGGCACAAGGGUUGGCGAUGAAGGUCAGCACAACGCUGCUCACUUUCCCACCCUCAACAGGGAUGACUCACGCAAAAAGGCAGACGAUGACAUGAUCAACGCUACCUAUGCCAACAGCUCUGACAACGAACACAGGAGAUAG